AUGCCUCUGCUACAGCUGAAUGAGACCCAGGAGGCCCAGAUCUUAGAGGUUCUCUACGCCUCCACGGCCAAAUCCAUUGUACCCCUUCUACUUCUCGAAGGCUUCAUGUUAGGUGCAUCGAGUGCUUGUGUACCGCUUGCAUCGUAUAUGCUUUGGAUGAAUGUCACUUCUAUCCGCCGGGGGUGUUCAAUCUUAGUUGUAUGGGCCACCCUCACCGUCUUCGCGGUGCACUGGGCUUUAUCGUUGCAGAACUUGGAGUCCGUCAUAUCCGGGAGUGCUUUAAACAUCUCGCUUCCCAUUCUGGAUCACGACGUUAUUAGCCCUUCGGGUAUCAAUAUCUCCGAUGCUGCCCUCUUUCGGAGAGACAUAGUAUUCGACACUGAGAUAUCGUAUUCAGACUAUAGCGCGGCAUGGGAACACCUUGUCACCCUUACAACGGAAACUGUACUCCUGGGCUUUGCGUCGUCUCUAUUCGCGACAACGGUGUAUACAUCAUUCACGCAGUUUCUAACGCAAGACCGCGGAAGUUCAGUUUUCAUCGUACCGGCAAUCGCAUCGUCAUACGCUCGUCCGUCUUCUGGGGAUCUCGUACUUCUCGAUGCCCGGCUUGAUAUUAUUAUGGCGACGACACUUGCGGUCAAUGCAAUAUUGAGUGACUCCAUCGUGCUUUGGCGUAUGAUCGUCGUAUGGGAGAAACGGUACCCCAUUCUCGCCGUGUGCGUCGUGCUGCUGGUUACGAUGCUAGGUACCAACAUAGCAUUCAUCGUCAUAUCCGUUCCACCCGUUUCUGGGAGGCUUUCCAAAUAUCUCAGGUUUGGGCUGCGGCCAGGAACCGUCGAGGGUUUAAUCCCAGCAUAUGACGAUGAUGUCUUUGGUCUCGCCGCGAUCUUCGUAUCGCUAGCAAGCAACGCGAGCGCAACUGCGCUAGUCGGCCUGAAGGCAUGGCUAUAUAGAAGGCAGAUAAAAGAGUACAUUGGUUCUCAUUGUCGGCGCACUAUCGUGGAACGAGUCUUACUCCUUCUCACCGAUUCGGGGGUAGUCUAUACAGUCAUAUGGCUCGUGUACUGCAUCAGCGUCUACUUUCCAAUUACAGUCCAAUUCCUUAUACCCGGGAAUCCCAUUUAUGCGGUGGAUUAUCUUGAUGCAGCGAUGGCUCAGAUAACUACCAUAUAUCCCCUCUCCGUCUUCAUAUUUCUCGCAUACGACCAGAUGCAGCACUCGCGGGAGCCACAGCUCGGGUCCCUUCGGUUUGCCAGUAGAAGCCAGAAUCCUGCCAGAUCUUUCGUUUCUGAGAUGGACCUCGAGCGCCGCACGGAGCCUACCGUGCUCGUAGGUCGGCAGCCGAGCAGGAGGAGUCGGGAAGAGCCCAACGAUGGUGAAGAAGGGGAGGUUCUUGCGCAAGGAGUUGAAGAAACGAAACUCCAUACGAUCAAUCCGGUCUGA